AUGUUCAGUCCAGAUUACAACAGCAUAACAGCCUAUACCCCGGACCCGAUGCAUAGCACACCAACUGCACUACUCAAGUCCUCUCGCAAAUCCUCUGGUUCGCGCAGCAGGAGGUGGUUCGGUCAAGGAUGGCGCGCGAGUUCAAAGAUAGCUCUGGGCUGCGCGGUGACGGUCUUAAUUGCAAACAUCUGUCUGACCAUCGGCAUCGUGACAACCGGCAUGAAGAUGAUGAACGGGGUGUACAUGGUCUACGAAGGAAGUUGCAAAAAAACCCAAAUGAAGGACAGCUGGAUUCACUUGUGCCUCAACAUCGUCGCCACGAUAUUACUCGCCAGUUCAAACUAUUGCAUGCAAUUACUCACGUCCCCGUCUCGAAGCGAGGUUGACAAGGCCCAUGCACAGCGCAAAUGGCUAGACAUUGGGAUACCAAGCAUUCGCAAUCUGGGAUCUCUGCGGAAGAAGAAGGUCGCCUUGUGGUGGAUGCUGGCCAUUUCAUCCAUACCUCUUCAUCUAGUAUACAACUCGAUAUUUUAUUCGGCGCUCGCAACCAACAACUACAGCAUCCUGUACGCAUCACAGAGUUUCGUCGACCUGGCUGCGUACAACGAAACCAAGUUUCCCAACACGCGCGAUCUGAACAUCACGGACGUGCAAUCCAGGGCCAAAUCGUUCGAACGCCUCAACAACGCAGACUGCAUCCACGCCUACGCGCGAGACUUCGUCGAAGACCGGCGCAACGUGAUUGUCGUGGUCAAGGAUCCGCCGGCCAACCAAGGAUCCCUCUUCAAUAUCACACAGAAUGAUUUCCCCGAAGUCAUCACACCGAAAUACAACGCCUUUUCAUGGAUCUGCGACGAUCCGAACGUCGCCAACGAGACGAACACAUGCUGUGAGAACAAAUACGGAUUCGUCCCUUGCAACAAGAUCACCCCCAAGCUGCUUGACAGGGCAAACCAAUGGUCAACCGGCGGCUUCGAGGUCGACCACUGUCUCUCCGAGACUGUCGAGUCACGAUGCCACCUCCAUUUCUCUCUGGACCUCAUGAUCGUUGUGCUAGCCUUCAACAUCCUGAAGGUCAUCGGGAUAAGUUACGUUGCGUUCCGACUCGGCGAAUCUCCGCUCGUCAACAUCGGCGACGCCAUCCAGUCCUUCCUGCGGCACCCAGACGGCACGACCGAGGGCAUGUGCCUGUCCAGCCACGAGAGCGUGGUCGCGUCGGCCAAACUCGGCGGCGGCUAUUCGACCACGACAAUGCCCACGCGGUACAGUCCCAAACAACGGCGCUACCUCCACGCGGCAACCUGGAACCAGUGGCUGUUCGUGACGGCUCUGUUCGUCCUCGUGUUCGUCGGCACGUCGGUGUGCCUGGCGCUGAGCAUCGGCCACCUCGUCGGCGACAAGACCAUCGCCAACGCGUGGUCGAUCGGGUUCGGGAACGUCAAGCCCGAGAACCUCGUCAUGGGCCUGAGCAUCGGGUACGGCGACAGGUCGAUCGCGGUGUCGACGCUGAUCGCCAACACGCCGCAGGCCAUCUUUUCAUUCCUGUACGUGUGCUACAACGCCCUCUUCACCGUCAUGUUCCUGUCGCGCGAGCUGUCGCACUUCAGCGUCACCGCCGGCCGCGGCCGCAAGUACCUCCGCGUCACCGACCCCCGGGGCGAGCAGAAGAGCACCUACUUUCUCAGCCUGCCGUACAAGUACGGCGUGCCGCUGCUGUCGGCCUCGGGCCUGGUGCACUGGCUGGUGUCCCAGAGCAUCUUCCUGGCGAACAUCUCCAUCAUCCCCCCGGACGGGUCGCAGCCGAUGCAGGACGAGAUCACCACCGUGGCCUACUCGCCCAUCGCGAUGCUGUUUAUCCUCUUCGUCGUGUUCGCGUUGCUGGUGUUUUUGAUCGCCACGGCUUGGCGGAAGUUGCCGUUCGGCAUGCCCUUGCUCGGGAGCAACUCCAUCGCCAUCAGCGCCGCGUGUCACCCGCCCGUCGGGCCCGACCAGAGCGAACGCGAGGACAUGGUCAUGAGGCCUCUGAACUGGGGCGCCGUGCCGGACCCGAGGAAGGCCGUGGGUGAUUUGGGAAUUCGAGGGUUACACUUGGACCGUGGCGCGGCUGAUGAUUCCUUUCGUCGUGGUGGUGGUGGUGGUGGUGGUGGUGGUCUUGGUGAUGACGAUGAUGAUGAUCAGAACAUUGUCGGCCAUUGUUGUUUCAGUGAUCAGCCUCUGGUGCCGCCUCAGAUAGGGAAACUGUAUGCCUGA